CAACCCAACCCAAAUCCAAAUCCCCAACCCCGUCCGUCCAUCCGAGGGAAGCCGAACCCUAACCCCCAAAUCCCCAAUCUCGAUCCAUCGGCCGAACCCUAACCCUCACCCCCCAAAUCCACAAUCCCGGACGGCGACGAUGGCCGCCGGCAACCCCCGCUUCCCCGACUUCGCCAUCCUCGACGCCAUCGCCUACAUCAGCGAUCUCCGCGACGCAACCACCGCGUGGACCUUGACGACGGCGGGCCUCACCCUUCAGGUCUCCUUGGUGGUGGCCGCUCCGCCGCGCCUCUCCUACUUCUGCGUCUGCUGCGUCGGCCGCGACAAGACCACCUUCACGGACGCGCCAGAUGUCGUCUGCUCCGUGGGGGACCACGCCCUCAUCCGGGUUGGCUUCACCACCGGCGACUCGACGGAGCACUUCAUCUACCGGGCCAGGGGGCCCGAUGGACGGCCGUCGCUUGAUCUGCUCCCGGACUUCGAUGAUUAUACUGACGCAGAGAAUCUGCUGCUGCCCCUCGGUUUCGUCUCCCACCGCAAGCACUUGGUCAUAGCGGCCCUGAGCGACGGACCGACGGACCUGCAGUACUAUCUCCACACCCGCAGCACCGAGCCGCACUCCAGAUGGUCCAAGAAGCUGCUGCGGGUGGAGUUCCCCCGUGGAGCAGCCAGGAAAUCGGCUAUGAACGAUCCCGUAAAGGUGAUUGCACUUGGAGGUGGGCUGCUAGGUUGGGUCAAUCUCAUGGAGGGCAUCCUGAUUUGUGACGUGCUCGAUCCCGGGGUGACAGCGUUGCGCUUCGUCCCGAUGCCCAAGCUGCUGCCCAGCAACAAUGAACUCUACGACAAUGAAUCUCGCGCACGGGCGAUUCGUGACGUCACCUUCAGCCGUGGCUACAUCAGGUGCGUCGAGUUUGAGGAGCUGGUAGAACGCAGAGCCACAACUGGUUCGGUUGUUCCUGAUCCCUGGGACAUGGAUGAGCUCCAAGACUCGGAACCGGCCAUCGAUCCACCCCAGGAGGAGGAGGAAGAUGUUAUCGUUGGUUGGAGGCUCAUCACAUGGUAUAGGACAUUGACUUGGAACUGUUGGCGCAAGGGGAACACAGUCCAUUCCGAUGAGCUCGGCACUGUCUCCUUGCCUCAGAUUGGAGGUGGUGGUGCGUGUGCUCUAAAAGUGCCACUCAAGGACCUGAAAACAGCUGCUCCUACUCUGCGUGGCGACGGCGAUGUUGUUUACCUCGCGACCGAACUGCAUGAGCAGGGUGAAACUGCAUGGAUUGUCGCUGUUGACACUAAGAGGAAGUUAGUGGGAGAGCUUAUGCCAUGUUCUUCUGAGAGGUUGUAUCUUUACGAUCCGACCUACAUUCCGUAUGUGCUGACGGAAUAUCUGGUUGAGAAAUCAGAUAAAGCUCAGGUAGGUAAGCGAAAUGCUUGUCAUGCCCCUGCACCAAACACCAACAGGUCGAAGAAGCAGCGGCAGCAACUUCUACAGGCAGGACUUGAAGGGCAGCCAUCUGUACCGCAGCUCCUGCAGCCCCCAUCAGUGAUGAUACCAGUCAGCUCUGCACAGUAUGCCUGUAUCUGAAGUCUGAAGUGUUGACGAUAUGAUUCGUAUGUGUGGGACAUGAUUGUGGUUUAAAAUGACUUGGUACUUAUUCUAUGGUUUUUAACUGUAUCGUACUAAUUGUAUUGUAUGGUGUCUAUUAAGGCGUUUAUGUGGACAUUAUCGUUGUUUAAAACUGUAUCCUUAUCUAUUCUGUGGUGUUUGGUACCGAUUCAUAUGAUA